UGGGAAGCUCGUUGAACGCAAGGUAGAGAAGGAGUUCCUGGAUCAGACGGACAUCCAGAACCGUGACUUCAGAUACAUAUUGUAACACCUAGCUCGCGGGGAUGGCCGCGGCCUAUACAUGUAUCUAUAGUACACCAGUAGACAAGCUUACAACGGGGAAGACGGGAACAGCAGUCGGUUGGAAAACAGAAAAAGCGAAAAAGAACAGGGAUAUCACGACAAGCGAGCCCGCACUUGAUGAUUGGAGAUGCGAUACAUAUGAACAGCGACGAAGGAUUUCAUGGGUGCUGGCAGGAAGACGAGAGUAGAAGACGAGAUGUCAUGACAGUAUGUGAAAGCGGAACUAUACGGAC